UGUGGAUGUGAGUUGUGCGGUGGUUAUUAAAUCAUCCUUUUCAAAUGAGGAAACUUCCGGUAAAAGUAGCGUGAACUCUGAGAAAUACUCCACUUAUGAAGUAAGCAAGUAACCACUCUGCUGCUUCCAGGCAACAUGCUCAAUCUAUGGAUUUAUAAUAAAGGACAAUUCUGCUUGAUUAGAGGUGUUUUUGUUUUUCUUUCCCCCAAAUUUGUUUUAUUUACCAGAAUCACCGCGUUGUGGUUGUUCUCAAGAUAUGUUGCCUCCUCUUGCUAUGGCAUCUUGUUCUUCCUCCUCUUCCCGCAGCUGGUCAUACGAUGUUUUCCCAAGCUUUAGCGGAGAGGAUGUCCGCAAAACAUUCCUCAGCCACUUUCUCAGGGAGCUUGAGCGGAAUUCGAUCAUUGCUUUCAAAGACAACGAGAUGGAGAGGAGCCAGUCAAUCGCCCCGGAGCUUGUACAGGCCAUUAGAGAUUCGAGGAUCGCGGUGGUUGUAUUCUCCAAAAACUACGCAUCUUCAAGCUGGUGUCUAAAUGAGUUGCUUGAGAUUCUUCAAUGCAAUGAAGAGUUUGGCCAACUGGUGAUACCGAUCUUUUACGGUUUGGAUCCUUCUCACCUUAGGAAACAGACGGGAGACUUUGGAGAGGCAUUUAAAAAGACUUGCCAAAACCAAACACAUGAAGUGGAAGACCAGUGGAAGCAAGCUUUGACCAAUGUCGCAAAUAUCCUCGGAUACCAUUCUAAAAACUGUGAUAGUGAAGCUGCAAUGAUUGAAGAAAUCUCCAAUGAUAUUUUAGGUAAACUUGAUGUAACUCCAUCGUCUAAUGAGUUUGAGGACUUUGUCGGCAUCAAAGAUCAUAUCGCAGAGGUGAUAUUACUGAUGAAUUUGGAAUCCAAGGAAGUGAAGAUGGUUGGGAUAUGGGGUACUUCGGGAAUUGGCAAGACUACUAUUGCAAGAGCUUUAUUUUGUAAUAUCUCUAAUCAGUUCCAAAAAAGUGUUUUCAUAGACAGAGCCUUCAUAUCGAAGAGUAUGGAAGUUUAUGGCCGAGCCAAUCCAGUUGACUAUAACAUGAAGCUGCGCUUGCGGAUGAACUUCCUGUCAGAAAUCUUGGACAGAAAGAACAUGAAGAUCGGUGCAAUGGAAGAAAGGCUAAAGCACCAGAAAGUUCUUGUCGUUAUCGAUGAUUUGGAUGAUCCAUACGUGUUAGAUGCUUUAGCGGGUCAAACCAAAUGGUUUGGGAGUGGGAGUAGAAUUAUUGUGGUUACAACUGAUAAGCAACUCUUAAAAGCCCAUGGGAUUGAUUCUAUAUACGAGGUUGGUCUCCCAUCCGAUGAACAAGCUCUAGAGAUGUUCUGUCGAUCUGCUUUCAGGCAAGACUCUCCACCUGAUGGUUUGAUGGAGUUUGCUUCCGAAGUUGUGGAACGUGCUGGUAGUCUUCCUUUGGGUCUCGACGUUUUGGGUUCGUCUUUGCGGGGUUUGAACAAGGAGGAUUGUUUGAAUAUGCUGCCUAGGCUUAGAAGAAGUCUAGAUGGUAAAAUAGAGGAGACACUAAGAGUCGGUUAUGAUGGGUUACUUGGAGAAGAUAAGGCGAUAUUUCGGCAUAUUGCAUGUCUUUUCAAUCAUGUAGACGUCAAAGACAUCAAGCUGUUUCUUGCUGAUAGUGAGCUGGAUGUUGAUAUCGGGCUGAAAAACCUAGUUAACAAGUCCCUCAUUCAGGUGAGGUGGGGUAAAGUGGAGAUGCACCAUUUGCUACAAGAAAUGGGUAGAAACGUGGUUUGGUUACAGUCCAUUAAAAAACCUCAAAAGCGGGAAUUUCUAGUGGAUUCAAAAGAUAUAUGUGAUGUACUCAGUGAAGGCAUUGGUACUUCAAAGCUCUUAGGGAUAUCAUUGAAUGUUGAUGAGAUUGAUGAGUUACAAGUACAUGAGAGUGCCUUCAAAGGGAUGCGUAAUCUCCAUUUUCUAGAAAUUUACUCGAACAAAGUUAGGUUUGUAAAUGGAGACAAACUGAAGCUGCCCAAAAGCUUCGACUGGUUGCCUCCUAAGCUCAAACUACUGUGUUGGUCUGGGUAUCCAAUGCGAUGUAUGCCUUCUACGCUUUGUACAGAUAGGCUCGUCAAGCUUAAAAUGCGGAAUAGCAAGCUAGAGAGACUGUGGAAAGGAGUUAUGUCUCUUACAUGUCUCAUUGAGAUGGAUUUGUGUGGAUCACAUGACCUGAAAGAAAUCCCAGAUCUUACGACGGCCACCAAUCUUGAAACACUUAAUCUUCAAUCUUGUAGGAGUUUGGUAGAACUUCCUUCCUCAAUACGAAAUCUCAAUAAACUGAUAAAAUUGGACAUGCAGUUCUGUAAAAAGCUGAAGACUCUCCCAACUGGCAUUAAUCUCAAAUCUCUCGACCACAUCAAUCUCAGUUUCUGCUCACAGUUGAGGACAUUUCCCAAAAUCUCAACCAACAUCUCAUAUCUCUUUCUUGAGGAAACAUCAGUGGUAGAGUUCCCCACUAAUUUGCAUCUCAAGAAUCUUGUUAAGCUUCACAUGUCAAAAGUAACGACAAAUAAACAAUGGGAAAUGUUGCAGCUGCUUACACCCUUCAUGCCUAUGUUGUCUCCCACUUUGACGGAGUUGUAUCUCUUCAACAUCCCAAGUUUAGUGGAGCUUCCUUCCUCAUUUCGGAAUCUCAAUAAACUAAGAGAUUUGAAGAUUAAUAGAUGCACGAAUCUUGAAACUCUUCCCACAGGCAUCAACCUCAAAUCUCUCAAGAGCCUCGACCUCACUAAGUGCUCACGGUUGAUAACUUUUCCUAAUAUCUCAACCAACAUCUCAGAUCUCAAUCUUAGCUACACAGCAAUAGAAGAAGUUCCAUGGUGGGUCGAGAUCUUCUCUAAGCUCAGAAGCCUAAAUAUGGAAAGUUGCAGUAAGUUGGAAUAUGUACACCCAAACAUUUCUAAACUGCCACGUCUUGCUGUUGACUUUUCACACUGUGAGGCACUGAACAUAGUUGAUUUGAGUAGCCGAACUUCGUCAAGUGGGUUGAUAACGGAAGCAUCUAAUAGCGACACAGUUUCCGAGGAGUCUUCCUCAGAUAAGUUUAUCCCAAAAGUCGGUUUCAUAAACUACUUCAAGUUUAAUCAAGACGUUCUCUUACAACAACUAUCAGUCGGCUUCGAGUCCAUGACGUUUCUAGGUGAAGCAGUGCCUUCAUAUUUCAUUCACCAUACUACAGAAUCUUCUCUGGCCAUCCCUCUACUUGACACAUCUCCCACGCAAACAUUUUUCAGAUUUAAGGUUUGUGCAGUGGUUGUUUUCGACACUAUGUCUAAAACUGGUCCCAGUGGAUUAAGUAUCCGUGUAAAAUGUCGGUUCAAAGGCAUAUGUGGGAACAUAUUUGAUUCCUCAAGUGAGGAACAUAGCUUUCGCACUUUUGAGAAAGAUGGUCGGCUGUUUAUAUUCGACUGUUGUGUCCCUCUGAACAAAGACAAUGCUCUUGUUGCUCAUCACGUGGAUAUGCAUAUUCAGAUAAGCGGUUGGCAAGAAGACUCUACAUUCAGAUUAACAGGAUGGGGUAUACGCCUCUGUUCUUCGCCUGAGAACGGACUUGCUGAUCCAGAAUCUCUUCCACAUGUUUGUAAAGCCGGAAAAGAUGAUAUGUUUAGUGAUGAAUGCCACAAGACUGAACUAGGUGAAGAAUGUGGAGGCAGCGAUGUAGAGAUAGAACACAAUGAAAAAUGUGGAGGCAGUGAUGCAGAGAUGAAGGGUAGCAACAAAACAGUCCAGGUAUGCAUUAAGGAUGAGACUGAAUGUGGAGACAACAUUGUGGAGAGAACGGAAAGCAGGAAGGGAAUGGGAAUGGGAAUGAUUAUACUGGGGAGAUUACUAUUCAAGAAACUGCUGAGUCGCUAUGCAACCAAACCGCAAGAUACAUAAGAAUAUCUAUAACUAUAUAGACAGGGAGAAGCAGAAAGCCAGUGCGGAUUGAAUGGCGAUAAAAUGAGUAGUUUUCCGGUUGUUAUAUAAGAACAGGAUUGAAGGCGGACAUGCAGAGACGCUUCACUAUCGCUCAGCUGGAUAUAUGUUGUCAGGUUUCAUAACGAUCUUAUUUUGGUUCUCAUCAAUUAUGAGCGGAGGAGAAUCUUUAUUAAGGACAAUUACAAUAGAUUUUGUAACCGGACCAUAGAGUUGAUUCAAUUUGUGAUUUCAUAAGCUGCCUUUGUUUUUUAAGUCUUGAUACUUUUUUGUUUACAAAGUCGCUGGAUUAUUUACUACUACCCUAGCUAGAUAACUUGAGAGUUAUUUUUUGAUGUGCAAAUGUGUUGGACAAGUUAUUCUAUUCUAUUCUAUCAAACUUUUCUCUGCUC